AUGGGGAUUGCUUUUAGAAAAGCAAGGAAAGCUCUAGAGAAUGCUAUCAUUGCCCUCGCAAAUCGAUCCACUGGUCUGGCUAACAACCAGUCUGUUUUUGAUCGGUUUGAUCGUCACCGUCCCCCAGCCUAUGAGGGUACUGCCGAUCCUGUAGUUCUCAAAGGUUGGUUGCGUGAGAUAGAAAAACUCUUUGACGCGACCGGCUGCCCAGAUGCUGAAAAGGUAGCUAUUGGCUCGUAUUACCUGAAGAAAGAGGCUGACAACUGGUGGGGUAUGGUCAAAGUUGAAUGUCUUGCUACCACUGGCUUUGGGUGGGAACAGUUCUCCACGAAGUUGAAGGAGAGAUUCUAUCCGGACGAGUUAAGCUGGCUGAAAAGAGAAGAGUUUCUCUCUCUGGAACAAGCUGAGAAAGUGAGGUUGUAUGUAAGGAGGUUAGACGCUCGGAUUAGGGUACCAGUGAUGUGUUCAGGUGCUGCUACUUUCCAGAGGGCUUAUGAAGUUUCCCUUAGUGCUUAUGCUGCAGUUCAAGAGGAAGAAGCUGCUAGACGUGCUCUCACAGCCAAGAGGCCCCCUCCCUCAUUUCAUACUGCAAACCCCUCCAAGAAGUCUAAGCUUAUUCUUGCGAAGAAGGGGAGUACUUUUGAUUCUAGACCGAAGAAGUGUUUCAAGUGCCAGAAAGAUUGGCAACCUGGAAAGAAUUGUGAUGGUUCUGCUGUUAAGUGUUUCUAUUGCAAUGGUGAGGGUCACCGUUCGUACUCUUGCCCUAAGAAUUCUGAUGCAGGCAAGACAAUUACUGGUGGUAAUGCCCCUCUCCACAACAGGGUUUAUAAUAUGACCGAAACCGGGGAAGAAUCGGAUGUUGAUGUCAUUGUCGGUACUAUUCUCGUAAACUCUAUUCCUGCUUAUGUUUUAUUUGAUACUGGUGCUACUGCUUCUUUCAUCUCUUCUUCCUUUAUUGAAAAAGCCAAGUUGAACUCUUCUAUGUCUGUUAAAUCUGUGAUCUCCCUUCCUAAUGGGGAGAAAAUUUCUUGUCAUCGCGCUUUUCGAAGUGUUCCUGUUAUCAUUAACGAGGUAGAAUUGACUACAAAUCUUAAAGAGUUCCCCAUGGACGAAUUCAAUGUGAUAUUCGGCAUGGAUUGGUUGAAGGAAUACCGAGCUGUAUUCCAUUGUAGGGAUGAGAAGGUGGUGUUGAGAAACCAUAAAGGGGAGAGAGUUUCUUAUUCUAACACUGAGGCAAAACCUGGUGUGAAGAUCAUCUCUGCUAUGAAGAUGAUGAAAAUACAAAGGAAAGGGAAUGAAUUUUUCUUGUGCAAAGUGACUGAAGUCUCCGAAGGCGUUAAGUUUGAAGACAUUCCCAUUGUCAGGGACUAUCCAGAUGUAUUUCCCGAAGAAUUACCUGGAAUCCCUCCCGAAAGAGAUGUAGAAUUUAGGAUUGAUUUGAUUCCAGGUACCGCUCCUAUUUCUAAACCCCCCUAUAGAAUGGCACCCUCAGAAAUGCAAGAGUUAAAGACUCAGUUGCAAGAGCUUAUCGAUAAGGGUUUUUAUAAGGCCCAGUGCUUCUCCUUGGGGUGCUCCAGUUCUAUUUGUGAAGAAGAAAGAUGGUAG